GCUAUGUUAUUAACAUAAAUACAAUGUUUUUCGCCCUGUUAUUGUUAAUGUCAUGCUAGCCUAUUGAAAGAGUUGUGAUAAUUUGAAUGAAACAGUUUCUAAAAAAUGGUAAUUUUGUACCUGUCAAAUUUGUUUCACUAGAGUGUGAAACAGGUUCGAAACCGAACCGCGACUAAAUUUCAGCAGAAAGAGCGGAUCGACGUCAAUAAUUUGCAUAAUAUACUUUCAAUUAACGGCUCUCUCUGGCACAGAAAAACGCAAGCUGAAAUAUUUCUGAGAAGAAAAUAUUGCUCUGAUCAACAGCAUGUACAAAUUGGAAAAAAUAUUCUUUUUUCUACGAACGUGAUACUGACAAAGACGUAACUGACAAAGAAGAUGAUGACAAAAAGUUCUCAGAUAUGGGCUUCCACACUGCUAUUAUUAUCUUUACCGAGCUUUGGGUUGAGUCAUCAUGAAUGCAGCGAAAGUAACGACACGUGUACAAUAGACUGCGCAACGAAUGACGAUUCAAACAAGCAUAUGCAUAUUUGCAAACGUGGUAAUUAUAAUUGCAGCCUGGUACGUAAAGUCGUAUGCAAUGGGGGAGAGUGUGAUCAGCAAUGCAGCGGGAAAGAAUAUAGCAAUAUGGAGUGUUCCGGGAAAAAGUGUACUCAGCGGUGCAACGGGCAAGGACGAGGAUGCAAUAUGACAUGCAGUGAGGAAGAAUGUGAUCAGAAAUGCAGCGGGAAAGAAUAUUGCAAUAUGCAGUGUUCCGGGAAAAAGUGUACUCAGCGUUGCAACGUUCAAGGAAGAGGAUGCAAUAUGACAUGCAGUGGGGAAGAGUGUGAUCAGUAUUGCAACAAGAAAGAAGGCUGCAAUAUGCAUUGCAGUGGGAAAAAUUGUACUCAGCGCUGCACAGGGCAAGUGAAAGGAUGCAAUAUGAGUUGCAGUGGGAGAGAAAAGUGUAAACAGCAUUGUAACGGAGGAGAUUAUUGCAUUUUGCGUUGCAGCGGGACAAGGUGUGAUCAGCGUUGCAAAGGGCAUGCUAAAGAAUGCAAUCUAACAUGUAGCGGGAUAAACGGUGUUCAGCGUUGCAAAGGGCAGGUAAAAAGUAGCAAUAUGACAGUCAGCAGGGAAGAGUGUGAUCAGGAUAGCAAUGAGAAGGAGGAUUGCAAUAUACAAUGCAGCGGUGAAAACUGUAUCCAGCGUUGCAACGGGCAGUUAGAUAAAUGCAAUAUGCAAUGCAACGGGAAUACUUGUGAACAGACAUGUCGUGCUCAGACAUGUAGCAUGACAAGGAAUGGGUUCAGGAAUAGAUUAACCAAGCAGAUCUGCCAAGGUGGGAAUGGUUCAUGUUAUCAACACGUUAGGAUGCAAUGCAGCAUGAGAAACUUUCAUUUCAAGUGUGACAGAGGUGAUCAAUGCAAGGCCUCCAAAUGGUUCAGUACUGACUGUAUCACAUCAGCUUUAUACACUUCUAAUGUCGUUAAAACUGCCACGGUCACAAGAGUCCAAGCUAUCACAACUCAAAUUCCAACUUUACAAGUCCCUUUCCAUUCACCAUUACCGAAAUCGUUAUCGUUAUUGCUGCCAUCACCAUCAUCAACACCAUCGUCGUCGUCGUCACCGUUAUUACUGUCAUCAUCAUCACCACCAACGCCGUUAUCGCCGUUGGAAAGCAUUGAGAACCUGGUAAAAGAAUCUGUUUCUAAAUUUAGUCGAAUUGAAAUCCGCAGAAACAGCUCCAUGCAGGAGGCGAUAACUUUGUUUGAAGACUUCACUGAUAAGUAUAUGAACAUUUCGGAAUCCAGUAAAGACGAACUCGGUAUAGGAGAGAUUAAAACAAUAAGAGAAUCCGUCUUUAGAGUGGCCGUUGCCUUCGAGGAAUUUGCUCUUAAUUACGGUAAAUACCAUCUGAGUGGAACGGAGCCUUCAAAAAAGAUCAUACGCCAGAAUAUGGUUUUGAGUAUUCAGAAAGGUUACCGCCAAAAUUCGACCGACUUCGCUCUCGAGGAGAAAGAAUGGCAAGCCAGCAUUAAUAUUUCCUCUGUAAAUUUCGCGGAAAAUGGAUCAGUGGUAAUAGGGUGCGUCUACAAAGAACUUCAUGAAUUACUCCAGACAAAUCAACUCAUCGGGAAUGAAAAUGACAAUUCAAGGUAUGUGAACACCAGGAUAAUGACUGCAGCUAUGGAUCCUAAACCUGAAAAAUUACAACAGGAUGUCAUCUUGAAAUUCAAAAACCUGGAGGUCGAUGACGGAGAGAAGCAUUGCAUGUUUUGGAGUGGCGUCAGCAACAGUCUAGAUGGGUUCUCAGGGAACGGUUGUCAUAUAGAUUCAUCGAUGAGCAACGCAGAAGAAACAGUUUGCAGAUGCAAUCAUUUGACUCAUUUUGCUGUCUUAGUCGAUUUUAGCGAUGGUCCAGAGCUCUCCACUAAGGACCUAACUAUUCUGGAGAUCAUCACCUAUGCAGGAUUAAGUCUUUCUGUCAUCGGAAUGCUUUUGACGAUAGCCUUGUAUUUUUUCUUUACGUAAGUACUGUUU